CUUUAAAUUAAUAUUUUUUUUAUACAAAUCAAUCUGUCUGAAAUCUCACGAAUAUCCUUCCUAAAUUUUUCUAUAGGUUUAAUGACCUUGGUUAUUCUUUUUAUUCACAUGCUUUUUCGUAAGCACGUUUUUGAAUGUUUCCAACAAGAUAAUAAAUAAAGGAACACUCUUUAUUUCUUGUAUUAGUGUUUAAACAGUUGGAACCGUGCUUAUUUCCAUUACUCUUUACAGUAAGUUUGUCGAUAAUAAAAUUUAUUAUAUUUUGUACUUUCGUCGGCUACGCAUCAUUUUCAAUUUUCUAUUUACGCGUCGAACAAUUUUUAUUGCCUUAGUUUGAGUUUAAGUUUUUGAUAUUAAUAAUUAAUCAGUGCUUGAAAGUAUAACGGCAUUGACAGUGAAAUAAUUAUAAUUAUUCCCACGCGUCAUAUUACAAAGUGAGUACUUAAAUUUGAAGAAGCAAUGACAAAUUACGAUCCAGUUUAUCGAAUCUUAAGUGGAAGAAGAGUUCCCCAAGUUUAUCAUGAAUUUAGUUCAGUCGGGCAAGUAGCACUGCACGUGUUGAGUUAUCAUCCGCAUAAAAUUUUACAAGUCAAUGACGAUGAUGGAAUCUCGCUUACCAGCACACAGAUAGCAGAAAUGAUGUCAAAUAUUGCAAAAAACCUAUACAGACUCGGUUUAAGGAGUGGAGAUAUCGCUGGUUUUUGCCUAUCCAGUACAACUUAUGUUGCCCCACUGGUUUUUGGAUGUUUAUUGCUAAGACUUCCUAUAAAUCCCGCUGAUAAGCUUUUCGAAGCUUACGAAAUUAUCAAUAUUUAUAGAAGAACUAAGCCAAAGAUUAUUUUUUGCGAUCACGAUAACGUUGAUAAAAUAAUGGAAGUUUUGGAACAGAUGGAAAGUGACGCAGUGAUUGUCACAAUGACAGAAAGAGUUGGAAAUCUAAAUCAUAUAUCGGACCUUAUGCGUGACUGUUUUAUUGAUGAUGACAGCUUCAUGUACAAUAUUCCAACCGACUUGAUUGCUGCAUUCAUUGUGUGUACAUCUGGAAGUACUGGUAACCCAAAACUAGCUAUGAUAUCCCACAUACAACAGCUACAACUUUACAUGUGGUUUGAUGAUAUUGUUGAAAUCAAGUUCAGUUACUGUCCAGCAAGUUUAUUCUGGCUAAACGGAUUCGCUCAUAUUGUAUUUAGGACAUUAAAUACCCAGAAACGGUUGAUUACAGCCAAACCAUUUUCGCCUGAUUUAUUUUUCGAUUUGAUUGAAAAGUACAGAAUCAAUGAAGCUAGCUUGUAUACACCACUCUUGAAACUUUUAGUAGAAUCUCCAAAAUUUGAGACUGCAGACUUUAGUUGUUUUGACAUGAUAUCUAGCGGUGGAUUUGCUACACCACUUCGCUUUUGUCAGAUUUUUCGAGAGAAGUUAGUCAAUGGAAAGUUUGUUGUGGGCUAUGGAUUAUCAGAAACGGGUGGAGUAAGCACAAAAAUUAUUACUCCGACAUCAACAUCGUCAGUGGGAGCUCCAUUUUUAAAUACUGAUGUGAAAAUUCAACUUGAUGAUGGAACAACAGGUGGAAUUAGAGAAAUUGGUGAAGUUCUUGUACGGCAUCCUGUAAAAUUCUUUGGUUAUUUUAAUAAUGAACCGUCAAAUAAAGUUGAUCAUGAUCAUUGGUAUCAUACAGGUGAUAUGGGAUACAUCGAUGAAAAGUAUGAACUCAAUAUUGUCGGUCAGAGGACUUUAGUCAUCAAAAAUCUUCAUUGUGAAAUUUAUCCAUUUGAAAUUGAAAAUAGGAUAGAAGCAGUUCAGGGUGUAAAACAAGUUGUCGUAGUAGGAACUCCAGAUUUAAUUGAACUGUAUGUUCCAACAGCUUUAGUAGUCAAAGACAAGAACAGCGAUGUUAAUGAAGAUUUAAUAAAUGAAGCCACGAUGGUCAGUUUUGAUCCUCUAAAACGGAUCCUAAGUGGAAAACGAGUUCCUCAAAUUUUUCAUCAAAAUGUGUCAAUUGGACAAGUCAUUUUAUACGAGAUACACAAAAACCCACAAAAAGUACUGCAAGUGAAUGAUGAUGAUGGAAUUGAACUUACAGGAGGUGAAAUCGCCAACAUGAUGAUCAAUAUUGCAAAAAAUUUAUAUAGAUUUGGUCUCAGAAGUGGCGAUGUUGCUGGGUUAUGUGCAUCAAAUUCAACUCAUAUUGCACCAGUCAUCCUUGGAUGCUUGCUUCUCAAACUUCCAAUAAAUCCAGUUGAUAAGUUUUUUGGAGUUGACGAAAUAGUUAGCAUUUAUGAAAAAACAGAUCCAAAAAUUAUAUUUUGUGAUCAUGACAAUGUUGGAAAAGUGAUUGAAGUUCUUCAGACGUUAAGGAAUAAUGCACUUGUUAUAAUAUUGACUGAAAGAGUUGGACGAAUUCUUCAUAUUUCUGACUUGCUUGUUGACUACGACAUUUUCUUAGACGACAUUUAUCAAAAUGCAACCCGCGAUAUACCUGCAUAUAUAGUCUGCACAUCUGGCAGUACUGGGAGAUCAAAGCUAGCACUAAUCUCUCACAUGCAACAGCUUCAAUUGUAUUCUUGGUUUGAAGAUCAUGCUCAAAAUAGAUUUAGUUACUGUGCAUCGAGUAUGUUUUGGCUAAAUGGUCUCAGUAAUGUUACUUAUAGAACUUUAAAUGCUCAGAAGCGCUUAAUUACUGCUAAACCAUUUUCUCCGGAUUUAUUGUUUAAUUUUAUUGAAAAGUACAAUAUUAAUGAAUGCAGUUUGUUUACUCCGCUUCUUAAGCUUAUCAUUGAAUCUCCUAGAUUUGAGAGUGCUGACUUUAGUAAUUUCGACAUGAUUGUAACUGGUGGAGUAGCAGUUCCUGAGUAUUAUAGACAAAUAUUUUUUAGUAAAUUAACAAAAGGAAAAUUAGUUAUUGGCUAUGGCUUAUCAGAAGUUGGAGGAAUCUCGUCAAAAGCUGUUACUUCACCAAUUACAAUGACAAUUGGAGUUCCAUGUGUGAAUACUGAAAUAAAAGUACAGCUUGAUGAUGGAUCAACAGGUUUUGUCAAAGAAAUUGGUGAAAUUUUAGUGCGACAUCCAGUCAGAUUUCUAGGAUACUUCAAUGAUGAGCCAAGAGCAAGAAUUGAUGACGAAGGAUGGUACCAUACAGGAGAUAUGGGAUUUAUAGAUGAUAACCAUGAGCUUAACAUUGUCGGACAAAGAAGUCAAGCUAUUAAAAACAUCCACAAUGAGAUUUAUCCAUUUGACAUAGAAAAUAUGAUUGAAAAUAUUAAUGGAGUCAUUCGUGUUGUUGUAGUUGGAACUCCUGAUUUGAUGGAAUUUGAAGUUGCAACUGCUUUAAUUGUUAAAGAACCAAACAGUGAUGUUGACGAAAAUUCUAUUCGUUCAGUGUUGACAGAUCUACCUCAUUAUAAACAAUUAACUGGCGGGAUUUUCUUCGUUGAAAGCAUUCCACUGACCACUCUUGGAAAAGUUAAAAGAAGUGAAGCAAAAGAAAUGGCAACUACUAUGAAAAUUGAGAGACAGCUUCGUGAACUUUAAACAAUGUAACGAAAUUAAUAAUCAGGAGCGUAGCCUGAACUUAAUAAGACCAAAAGGGUUUAAGCCUCUGCACUCUUAAUGAUUAUAAA